GACCUCCCCUCCGCUUGCGCAAUAACGCGGCGUCGUUGUCUUGGCCGUCAGGCGGCGGCAGCAGCAGCGGAGGAGGAGGAGGAGGAGGAGGAGGAGGAGGAGAGAAAAAAAAAAGCAAAGGAGUUGGCGGCGGUGGCGGCGCCGCUGGGAGACGGGAGAUGGAGCAGCCGUCGCCGCCACCACCGCCGCCGCAGGAGUCGCUGGGGCGUCGCCUCCCCCGACUCCCUCAGCCGCUGCUGUUUGACAGAGGAGCCCCACCAGCCAGUCAUGUUUAAGGAUAAGUGGUGGAGAUAAGCAUGAGACCAGCGUGGCACAGCUGCAUGUGUAUUCACUCUUGAAGCAAUUGCACACUUAUUGGCUGACAAUCUUGGCAUUUUUAGCAAAAAAAACCCCACAAAAUUUAAAGACACAGGGCAUCUGUGUUUGACUUGUUAAACAAACUUGUUUGGUGUCAUCUGAUGGAGCCAUCUGGUGGUGAACAACUCUAUGAUGACCCUGACCUUGGAGGCAAGUCUCAAGAUCCAGAGACCAAAAGGCAGCAUGAGUCAGAGCAAAAACUGUCGAAAAUUACCCACAAUGCCUUUGAGAACAUUAAUGUGAUUGGUCAAGGCUUGAAGCACCUCUUCCAGCAUCAACGUAGGAGGUCUUCAGUGUCUCCCCAUGAUGUUCAGCAAGCUCAGAUUGAUAUGGAGCCUGAAAUGGAAUUGGAAAACCAAAACAUCUGUGCUGAAAUUGAUGGUGUCUCUACCCACCCUACAGCUCUAAACAGAGUUCUCCAGCAAAUCAGAGUGCCACCUAAAAUGAAGAGAGGAACAAGCCUCCAUAGUAAGCGGGGCAAGUCAGAUCCGCCAAAGGGAAGCCCCCAGAUCAACAGAAAGUCUAUCCAGGAUAUUCAUUCAUGCCGGCCUAGAUCCUCAUCAACUACUGAUGCCCCUACUAAUUUGUCGGUGCUGGAGAUGGCCUCUCCUGUUUGCCUAGCUGGUGAAGAGAUUGCAUCGGCAGAGCGGAUCGAGCGGUUAGAUGUAAGUAGCCUAGCACAAACAUCUAGCGCAGUGGCCUCAAGCAUAGACUGCAGCAUCAAUGCAGACUCUGUUGAUGGAACACCAGAUCCUCAGCGCACAAAAGUGGCCAUCACCCACCUGCAGCAGAAGAUACUGAAGCUGACGGAGCAAAUCAAAAUAGAACAAACAGCCCGGGAUGACAAUGUGGCAGAAUACCUGAAAUUAGCCAAUAAUGCAGACAAGCAACAGAGUGCCCGCAUCAAGCAGGUAUUUGAGAAGAAGAACCAGAAGUCAGCCCAGACCAUUCUCCAGUUGCAGAAGAAGCUAGAACACUACCAUCGGAAGCUACGAGAGAUUGAACAGAAUGGCAUCCCUCGACAGACCAAAGAUGUCUUGAGGGAUAUGCACCAGGGAUUAAAGGAUGUGGGAGCAAAGGUCACCGGCUUCAGUGAAGGAGUGGUAGACAGUGUUAAAGGUGGACUUUCCAGUUUCUCCCAGGCAACCCAUUCAGCAGCAGGGGCUGUUGUCUCCAAACCCCGGGAGAUUGCCUCGCUCAUUAGGAACAAGUUUGGGAGUGCAGACAAUAUUGCUAAUCUGAAGGAUGCUUUGGAAGAAGGUCAAGAAGAUGGGACUGGGGGAAAGACUUUAGGCAUUCAUAACUUUCAGUCAAGCCCGAAAUAUGGCAGUGAGGAAGAUUGUUCCAGUGCCACAUCAGGUUCAGUGGGGGCCAAUAGCACCACUGGGAUCCUUGUGGGAGCGUCAAGCUCCAAAACAAACACUAUGGAAAUGCAAAGCUCAGGGUUUGAUGCAAUAUUGCAUGAGAUUCAAGAGAUCAGAGAGAAUCAAGCACGACUGGAGGAAUCCUUUGAGAACCUCAAGGUUCACUAUCAGAGGGAUUAUUCCUUGAUAAUGCAGGCUCUUCAGGAAGAGAGAUACCGAUGUGAGCGGCUAGAGGAGCAGCUGAAUGACCUGACUGAACUCCACCAGAAUGAGAUUCUCAAUUUAAAGCAGGAAUUGGCCAGCAUGGAGGAAAAAAUAGCUUAUCAGUCCUAUGAGCGAGCCAGAGACAUCCAGGAGGCGCUGGAGGCAUGUCAGACCAGAAUCUCAAAGAUGGAACUGCAGCAGCAACAGCAGCAAGUUGUCCAGUUAGAAGGCCUUGAAAACGCCACUGCCAGGAACCUUCUGGGCAAAUUAAUCAAUAUCCUCUUGGCUGUCAUGGCUGUUCUAUUGGUCUUUGUCUCCACCGUGGCCAACUGUGUUGUCCCCCUCAUGAAAACUCGCAGCAGGACGUUCAGCACUUUAUUUGUAGUGGUCUUCAUUGCCUUUUUGUGGAAGCACUGGGAUGCCAUCACUGGCUACUUGGAACGGUUCUUUUCGCCCCCUAGAUGAUGUCAAGAAGAACUGGCUGUUGCCCCACCCACUCCGGUUUGCUCUGGCCAGUGAGCGCAGCAGAGCCUAAUCGGCAACUCCUUCCUCCGCUGAAGUUUUAAAAGUGUCAGAGUGUGAAUUUGUUUACAGUUAAAAUAACGUUUUCUCUCUACGAGACACAUUGGCAAUAGCGUUUUUUAGAUUUUAUUCAAGAGCUCUUUUUUGGCAGAAAUCCUGGAUACUUUUUAUGUAGCAUGGUUCUCUUUGGAUGCAAAUCUUAAUAUUCCUUAAGUGUACAAAAAUAAAACACCAAUUUGGAGCACACCAAUGGGCAAUUUAAAUUAUGGCUCAAACUGCUGUACUAAACCUGUUGGGAAGAGGAAAAGACAAUUACAUAAAGCAUUAAAAAAAAAGGUUAACCUAGUGCACAGCGGUACCGUCAUGAUCCCAUAAUGCUACUGUGAAACCUGACCACAUUCCAUGUCCGAAUGUAAAGCUUCUGAGUGGCUUUCUCUAAUGGAAGACCACUGUAAUACAUGGAACUCCUUGGAUCCGGUGCUGGGUUUGCUGCUUCUGCUAACCUGGCAUCCACACUCAUUCUGUAAGGCCUGUUAAACUUUUUGGCUAGGUAUAUGAAGUGGAUGAAUUAUACCGUACACAGUUACUGCACAGUUGUACUACAGUAUUUUGAAGUAGCCCUUUAAAUACUUUAAGCAAAAGCCCUUGGUCGCACUUUUACUGUUUUUUAAUAUAUGUAUAGUCACAGAUUUUAAAAUCCGAAUGGCAUACUUGAAGAGUGUAAUACUCAAACUCUCAGUGCUUCCUUAUUGUUUCUAAUAGGAUUUUUUAUUAUUCUUAUUGGGGGUUGUUUUUGAACUUAGUGGUUGGGAGGGUCAUCUCCUUUUUUCCUUUAAAAUAAAGAAGUGAUGUUCUUAAAUGAAGAUAUGUGUGAAUAACUGUGAGCUGUCUUGUCCUGAAAUAGUUUUGAGGAGGGCAGAAAGUAGCUUCUACUGCAUCUUGAGUGCUGACCUACUCAGAUGGGAUCUGUGUCCUCCUUAACUUGCAGAAUAAUGCAGCACCAUGAAAAGAAGUCCCCUUUCUCCUCCUGUCAGUCUUCACAUAGUUUCUUUUUAUUUUAUUGGGAGCAGGGGCAGGGGAGAACUGAAAAACUUUCCCCUAGAUCUGUUGCAUCUAGGCUGAAUAUUUUUAUGGGAAUAAGGAAAUCCUUGUCUGUCUUAAGGAAAGAUGAAAGGUAACUUUUGAAAGCAACUAAGUGAAUGAGCAGAAGUUCUGUUCUGAGAAAAGAAAUUGGUACUUGGGAGUCUUGAUCUCACUGGUAAUCCAUAGGACUUAAACUUUUCAGUUUAGGCUCCUACAUGCCAAAGUUGGGGUUGUAGCUGGGAUAAUCUGCAUCCAGUCAACUUCAGGUCUAUUCAAAAAGUUACCUUGUGUCUUUAAGGGAAGAGUAAAUGCUUAAAGAAACAGCAGGUCAAAAGGCCAAUCCCUUAGAUAUCCCCAGGGUUAAUUUAUUUCUCAAAUAAACCCCUGAUAAUUGAAACCAAAGUUGUCCUAUUAGCAAACUAACAGUGUUCGCUGUUGGUGUUUUUUGUGUUUAGAUGAUGCCCCCCCUUCAUCUUGUUCCUGCAUAGUAUGUCAUAGAGAGAACCUCCUUCCCUCUACAGGUAAUUCUAUUUGGUUCAGCUUUAUGGUCAGCUGGUUGUACAUUACCAAGUAGUAGGGGAAACAGAAUUGCCACUGGCUUGUGCUGCUUCCUCCCCCCACCCCCAUGUUACUCUACAUUGCUUCUCCCCGAUUUUAACAUGCAAAGCAGGGACUCAUGCUACAGAUGUCCCCCACAGAACUUGCCCAGGGCAAGAUGGGCGUUUAGAAGAGAAGUGAUAUAAGAAGCGUCAUGAGCUACUUUUACUUCUGCCUUUUGAAAACAAGUGAACUGUCCCUGACAUUGAAAAUGCCAGUUAGAUUUGUGACUCUUCAGCCAUGGCGUCAUGUCUUUCUGCAGCCUUUUUAGUACUGGCCUACAGGGUUUAUAUCUGUGGAAUUCAGAUUCAUUCUUAAUUCUGCCUAUCUGUUUUCACUAUGAAACACACACACACAAAAGUAUUAUUUUACAUUGUUGGGAUUUAAUGAUUUACUGUAAUCCAUUCUUGGCCAAUGUUCUAUCUAAGAACCUAACAAUGCCCAAGUGACCUAAGAUGGUGUGGAACAAGGAAUGCAGGAACUCUUGCUGUUAGGACUUUGUUCUUUAGAAUGGGGGUCCCAUCUCCUUUGAAUUCAUAAAUGGAACUUGCUCUUUCGAUUGGUAUCAACAAGCAACAGGAAACCUUUCCUCUGCCCUAAUCGUCAUUCAAAGGUUCAGCAUAUUUCCAGAACUGCAGCUCUUCCUAUACUCAGAUUCCUCAUGCGAAAACCAUCACACCUCAACACCGAGCAAAUAUCUGCUUGUCCUUCUAAGGAGUAAAUUGCCAAUUUCGACAGACUCAAGCCAAAAAAUAAACAUUCCUAUUUCCCUAGUGUUGCAGAUCUAGGACCGGUUUGCUAGUGUUCCCAUUUCCUUUUAUCUUGGCCUGCCAUGACACAGCUCUAUUGAGAUUAUAUGGGCCCUACCAGAUAUAUAUCAUAGAAUCAGAAUCGUAAGUACUUCACUGUCCCUCCAUCCCCACCUUUCACAAUUAUCACAAUGACAUCCUAAACUAGCCAGUGAGGGGCAGGGUUUGGGCUGCAACAUAAAAGUGCUUGAGGUGGACAUCUUCCAGAAACUCAGUUCCUUAUACCACCUUCAGAUUUUUGAAAGUACGUUGAACUCACUGUAGAUAAUUUUAGCCCAGGGUACAAAUCAAUAUGAAACACAUAAAUGAUCACUGUGGUGCUCAUUACCCACUAAAGUUUAAAAGGAUGUUUUUAUUCUUUCACUCCUAUAAAAUGUGGUUACAAAUUCUAUUGGAUAAGUAACUUGUCUUGUUUACCCAAAGGAAAAUAAUUGACGGAACCCUUAAUCGCCAAAACUGUUCUGUUGAAGGUCUUUUGGCCUGCCAUUAUAAGUGAUUCUCAGUACCUUCCAAGUUCUAAACUUCAGCUGUCCAUGGUUUGUGAAGUUGCAUCCAGUCUAUUGACUAUCCUAACAUGAAUCUUGUGUUGUUAUUUUGCCUUUUUUGCUAGCAGAUCAUACAUUUCCCCCUCCUGUUGGUUUGAAGGGCUGUAACUGCAUCAAGCUGUUUAACAAAUGUUAAUUGUUUGAAAAUGUGACUCUAGCUUUAAAACUCCCAUUCCCUUUGCAAGUGCUGUAUUCUUAAAGGUGAAGCAUUCCUGAAUGACUUGUUUAAAGGCAGUGUCUGCCAAUGAGUGCAUGUGCGUGUAUGUAACACUAUUAUUAUUAUCAUUAUUACUGGUGUGGCCCUCAAGUUGGGUGGAAGAGCAAUUCCAUAAGUUCCUAUUUGGAUAGGGUGACAUGCUGAAUAUCUUAAUUACAUAUCAUGUGAUCACAAAAAGGAACAAAUGUAGCAGAUUGCCUUGAUGGAAAGAAAUGAUGACAGUUGGGACACACUUUCCAUCAUUCAGAAGAUACUUUGUCCUUUCCUACUACUUGACUAUUUUUAAAAAGGACUGAAGUGAAAAAUUACCAUGUUUAUAUAUAUUUUUUCUUCCUUUUCUCCAUUGCAAAAUGAUACUCAGUAUGUUCUGCAUAUGCACUCCAUGAUGAUACUGAGAGUGUUCACCAUAAAUACGUAUGGUUUAUUCCAACCUAGUGGACACCUAAAAAUCAGAUUUCAUUGGGGAGUUUUGUAGGUUGAUGCACUGGCCAAAAAGCGGGCACCAUCUUUCAGCUAUUUGGAGGGAGGUGGGGCAGGACCUUAGGACCAAAAGCUGCAAGAAGUACAAACCAAGAAGCCAGCUGACGAAGGCAGGUGGGUGGGUGUUUAUCUUGGUAGGGUCACUUGCCAGUUCUAAGAGAGUUCUGAAUGUGGCUAAAGAGUUCUACGUGUGUGUGUGUGUGUGUGUGUGUGUCUGUGUUGUGUAUGCCAGGUGGUAUCGUGCAUUAGUAGGCAACUGACAUAGUUGUAAGUGUGGUUUUUAAAAGUAUAAAAUAAAAACUCACUUGCACGGGAUGAAGAGUACAGAAAUGACACUUGUGAAGGUAACACUGUAGUUUAUAGAUCUUUUAAGCUGCUAAUUGUUGAGAGGGAUUGACAUUUGUCUUGUCUGGUUAGUCACAGGUUUGUCUGUGACUCAUACUGUAUAUAAAAUUAAAUAAAAACCUCAAAUACAAAA